CCCGGGCCGUAUUUAUAGGCCGCCCCCCGCGAGUCCCUCGACCAGAGGGUCUCUUUCCCCGGACCUUACCUCCCCCCCUCAGCCCUUCUUCCCCGCCCUCCUGAAGCCAACCAAUGACCACCGCCAUGCCCGCCAAGCAGAUUGUCCCGCACUCGGCGCUCCCGGCCUUCAUCCAGCCCCACAUCGCCACCAUGAUCCAGAUGGCCAUCGCCUCGAAGGAUGGCUCCUACUCGGUUUACAGCAAGUUCCGCGUCGGCGCCUCCCUGCUGGCCUACCCCACGCGCGAGUUCUUCCUCGAGGCUACCGCCGCCGGGGCCCAGCCCAUCCCCGCCCUGCCGCUGGACGGGUCCUGCCCCUCGGAGGCCGCCGGCCAGACCGGGCCCCAGAUCAUCCCCGGCGCCAAUGUCGAAAACGCCAGCUACGGCCUGACCGUCUGUGCCGAGCGCACGGCCGCUGUGCGCGCCAUCACCGGUGGCCGGCGCUACUUUGCCGCCUGCGUUGUCGCCGCCGAUGACGAGGAGUCCGAUGUCUGGCCCUGCGGUGCCUGCCGGCAGUUCCUGGCCGAGUUUGGCCUGGACACCCUGAUCAUCACCAUUCGCCCGAACGGCGACAUCUCCAACGUUCUGACCAUCAACGAGCUCCUGCCCAAUGCCUUCACCCCGGCCAACCUGUUCAAGUAGCGGCGCCACAGUCCCCCCUCGCCCCUGCCCGGCCACCCCUUUCCUUCCCUGCGUGCCUUCUUGCCGCAUAUUGGCCCCCCCCGGGCCUCGCCCUCGGAGAUGAAAAAUACACACACAAUGAAAUA